UGAUAUUUGUUUAAAUGGAAAAACGGCUCUUUAUAAUCGUGAUAAAAUGAAAGAAAGAAGAAGACUUAUUCAAGAAGCAGGAAUGCGCCCGCUUAUGGUUUGGGAAUGUACUAUUAGGAAACAGCUGGAAGAAAAGGAAGAUAUGGCCUUUUUCUUCAAUGAAUUGCCUGAUAUUGGUCCACUUUUUCCAAGAGACGCAUUUCAUGUAAAUAUUAAUUUAAGACUAUUAAUUCAAUUAUAUAGGGCGGAAGAACGGGUCCCCAGAGUUUAA